AUGGCGUUCUGGAUUUUGAAUGAAAGUCUCUCCAUCCUAUUAGGACUCUCGUGGCUGGGAGUGAAUUUAUAUCUGUUUAUCGACACAUUCUCUUGGUAUGAAGAGGAAGAGUCUUUCCUUUACACACGAGUUAUUCUGGGCUCAACACUGGCCUGGGCGCGAGCGUCUGCAGUGUGCCUCAAUUUUAACUGCAUGCUAAUUCUCUUACCGAUCAGUCGAAACCUUAUUUCAUUCAUGAGAGGGACAAGUACUUGCUGCAGAGGACCGUGGAGGAGGCAAUUAGACAAAAACCUCAAAUUCCACAAACUGGUCGCCUAUGGGAUAGGCAUUAAUGCAACCAUCCACAUCGUGGCACAUUUGUGCAACCUGGAGCACUAUCUGUGGAGCCAGUCCACGGAAGCCGAGGGACUUCUGGCUGCACUUGCCAAGCUUGGCAAAACCCCAAAUGAGAGCUACCUCAACCCCAUCCGGACCUUCCACACAAACACCAUCACCGUGUUGCUGACGACAAUUGCUGGUGUCACUGGGCUGAUCAUCUCUCUGGCUUUCAUCUUGAUCAUGACCUCUUCCACCGAGUUCAUCAGACAGGUCUCCUAUGAGUUGUUCUGGUACACACACCAUGUGUUCAUCGUCUUCUUUAUCAGUCUGGCUAUCCAUGGGGCAGGUCGGAUUGUUCGAGGCCAAACUCCCGAGAGUCAACUGCUCCACAAUGUCACCUUCUGCAAAGACCACUACGCUCAGUGGCAGGCUGCUGCCCAGUGCCCCACGCCUCAAUUUUCUGGCAAGGAGCCUUCGGCUUGGAAAUGGGUUUUAGGCCCUGUGGUCUUAUAUACGUGUGAAAGAAUAAUUAGGUUCUGGCGGUUUCGACAAGAAGUUGUCAUUACCAAGGUGGUGAGCCACCCAUCUGGAGUUCUAGAACUUCACAUGAAAAAGCGAAACUUUAAAAUGGCGCCGGGGCAAUACGUCUUGAUACAGUGCCCGUCCAUAUCGUGGCUGGAAUGGCACCCCUUCACCCUCACGUCGGCCCCUCAGGAGAACUUCUUCAGUGUGCACAUCCGGGUAGCAGGAGACUGGACGGAAGCUCUGUGUAAGGCCUUUGGGGCAGGGGGACAGGCCCGGAAGGAGUCCUGGAGCUUGCCAAGGCUGGCGGUGGACGGGCCGUUUGGAACCGCACUGACGGACGUGUUUCACUACCCAGUGAGCGUGUGCGUUGCUGCAGGAAUAGGGGUCACUCCCUUCGCCUCUCUCCUGAAAUCCAUAUGGUACAAAUGUGAGUCGCACACCCAGCUGAAGCUGAGCAAGGUGUAUUUCUACUGGAUUUGCCGGGAUCCAACGGCUUUCGAAUGGUUUGCUGAUCUCUUACUCUCGCUGGAAACACUCAUGAGUGAGCGAGGGAAAGCUCACUUUCUGAGUUAUCAUAUAUUUCUUACCAACUGGGACGAAAAUCAGGCUGUUCACAUAGCUUUACAUUGGGAUGCAAAUACUGAUGUGAUCACGGGGUUAAAGCAGAAAACGUUCUAUGGAAGACCUGACUGGAACCACGAGUUCCGGCGGAUGGCCUACACCCAUCCCAGCAGCAACAUUGGCGUGUUCUUCUGUGGACCCAAGGCUCUCUCCAAGACGCUUCAAAGGAUGUGCCGCUUAUAUUCCUCAGCCGACCCCAGGGGGGUCCAUUUUUAUUACCACAAAGAAAGCUUCUAGGCUUCGGAGAAAAAAUUCCGUGUAUUACAUACGUGGCUACAAUCACAUAGGUCAGCGCUCAGGAAAUGUUUCCUGUAAAGGGCCAUAUAGUAAUUAUUUUAGAUCCUACAGGCCAUAUGAUCUCAGUAACAACUACUCUACUCUGCCAUUCUAAUGCGUCAAAAUAGCCACAAACAGUACGUCAAGGUAUGGGCAUGGCUGUGUUCCAAUAAAACUUUAUUUAUGGGCAUUGAAGUCGAAUUUUAUGUAAGUCCCUUUUGUCAUGGAACCUUCUUUUGAUUUGUUUCUAAUGAUUUAAAAAUGUAAAAGUCAUUCUUAGCUCAUGGGCUGUCCCCAGAUCAGAUGAUGUUCCAGGUUUGGCCUGCAGGAGGUAAGUUUGCUGACCCCUGAUAGACGUCAUUGUUCUCAAACUCGUUUUCAUGUUCAGCAGUGCAGCCAAUAUGGAGACUGAUAUGGCUGCCUGGCUCAGAGUCUCCUUUAGAAGUUAUUUCAUAUUUCUGUCACCCUGAUGGCAGAGACAUCUGCCUUGUAUCCAAACCUGAUCUUUUCUGCUUAAUCUUAAGCUUCUUUGUGCUUUCUUUUCAUCCUCUUUAGACCUGAGAAAUCACCAAUGGGGGUUACCUUUCACGAAAACCCUUUAUAUCUUGAAAGUGAUAAAAUCAUCUCUUACCUAUCCCUUUUCUACUCCAAACAAUACUAACUUCUUAACCUUUCAGCCUAGGGUAUAUAUUCUAGUCCUUCAAUCAUUCUUGGUGCUCUUCUUCAAAUCCGUUUCCAUUCCUUCACAUCCUUUUAAAAUGUGUUGCCUAAAAUGAGACAUAAUAUUCUAAUAGAUACAUGACUAGUAUUGGGGGGAAAAGUGAUUUUUUUAGAUCUCGUGUGCCAUGCUUUUCAAUACAAUUAAAUUCUAUAUUUGCCUCUCUUUCCUUCCUUCCAUAUUUCUUUCUGAUUCUCUUUUAAUGCGG